CCUGGAGGCAGCCAUGGCGGCCGGGGGUCCCCUCCUGGAGCUCCGCGAGGAAGCCUCUUGCUCCGUCUGCCUGGACUUCUUCAGGGACCCCGUCAUGAUCCCCGAGUGCGGCCACAGUUUCUGCCGGGACUGCCUGACCCGCAGCUGGGGGGCGCCGGGGGACAAGGCUUCCUGCUGCCCCCAGUGCAGAGGGAGAGCGCAGGAGGGGACCCUCCAGCAGAAUCGUCAGCUGGCCAACUUGGUGGGGAUAGCCCAAAAAUUCACUCUUCAGGAGGGAAAAGAGGCAGGUGAGAAGGGGGCAAGGGGGAAGGGGGGCAUCUGCGAGAAGCACCAGGAGCCCCUGAGGUUUUUCUGCAAGGAGGACCAAGCCCCCCUCUGCGGGGUCUGCAGCAGAUCCGAGGAGCACCAAGACCACCAGGUGGUUCCUCUGGAGGAGGCUGCCCAGGAAAAGAGGGCACUUGUGGCUGCUAGAAAAGGGAGAAUUUGCCAGAAGUACCAGGAGCCGCUGAAUCUCUUCUGCAAGAACGAUGAAGCCCUCAUCUGUGUGGCCUGUGAUCGAUCCGAGGAGCACAGAGAUCACGAAACCCUUCCUCUUGAGGAGGCCUCCCAAGAGUACAAGGAUCAGUUCUGCAACCGUCUGGAGAUGCUGAAGAAGGAGAGAGAAAGAAUUGUGGCAAGUAAAGCAGACGUAGUGAAGGAAAGCCAAGACCUGCUCAUAAGUAAGCAAACCAAACAAGUGCAGCAGGAGACAGAGACCAAGUUCAGGCAACUACACAAGUUUCUGGAGGAACAAGAGAAACUUCUGCUGGCCCAGAUGGAAGAGGUGGAGAAGGAGGUGGCAAGAAACAGGGACCAGCACCUGGCCAAAAUCUCUGAGACUCUUUCCUCUCUUGAAAGCCUUAUCCAGGAGAUGGAGGAGAAGUGUCAGCAGCUGGCCAGUGAACUCCUGCAGGAUGCCAGAAACACCUUGCAGAGGUAUGAAGAAAAGGAGGAGUUUGAGGAUCCAGUGGCUUUUCCUCUUGCACAGAAGUGGUGCAUCUGGGACUUGUCUGAUCUAAAUCUCUUUUUGGAGAGCAUCAAGAAGCAAUUCGAAGACACUCUGGAUUCUGGAUUUCACCUGCAGAAAGCAUGUGUGACUCUGGAUCCAGACACGGCCCAUCCCGGACUCCUCCUGUCUGAGGACUGGAAAAGCGUGAGAGAUGGAGAAAAAGCUCAAGCUCUGCCUGACUGGAAAAGCAUGAGAUGGGGAGGAAAAGCUCAGUCUCUGCCCAGCAACCCUGAGAGAUUUUCCACAUAUACUGCUGUGCUGGGCCGUGAGGGAUUCACAGCAGGCCGCCAUUUCUGGGAAGUCCUUGUGGGAAGUGAGGAAAGAUGGGCUGUGGGGGUGGCCAGAGAGUCCGUGAGGAGGAAGGGAAGGAUCACCUUUGGUCCCGAGAGAGGGAUCUGGGCUGUGGGGAAGUGGUGUGGGCACUACAGGGCUUCCAUAAAAGGACAAUACCAUCCCCUGUCCCUGACCAGGGAGCCCAAGAGGAUCCGAGUCUGCCUGAACUACGCUGGGGGCCGAGUGGCCUUUUUCGACGCUGACCGAGGAUCCCUGAUCCAUGAGUUCUCUGGAGCCUCCUUCUCUGGAGAGACCCUCCUGCCCUUCUUUUGGGUGAAUUCAGAAGCCCACCUCAAGCUCUCUUCUUCUUAA